AUGCAGAAUUCAGUCAACCAUUCGGCCAAGAUGCCUACCGCCAGGCGUGCUAGGAAGGGCAUAUCUGACGCACAAAAGCAGGCUCUACGCGUCUAUGCAUCUGAAACACAUCCUAAACCUUCCCAGAAAACCUGCGUUGAAUGGUUUCGAUCCCAAUUUGGUCGCCUUAUCGAUCGCGCCACGGUCUCGAAGAUCGUUUCAUCUAAAUACUAG